AUGGUGAAAACACAGUUUCCUAAAAUCAAUAAAACUAGUUCUAAAACUAGUAAACUAACUCCAGACAAGAAGAAUCUAGAUUUAGAUCGCGAUACUGAUUACCAAAAAAUCUUUUCGGCUUAUGAAAACAAUUAUUCCGAAGUAGAAAGCUUGCCUGACAGUCAAGUUCUAGCCGAAGAAAUGGCUUAUGAAUAUUUGUUUUUAGUAAUGAAGAAUAAAAUAAAAAAAACUAAAAAAGUUAAGAAGUCCGUAAAAACUAAAACUCCAGCCAAAUCCCGUCCAGUUCCUGCCAAAUCCAACACCCUCGCUUAUUAUGGUUGCCUGAUUGACCAAAUUGCUAAUCCGGACAACCAAAAAGCCAAAAUUACCCAACUAGCCCAUCACUGCAAAUGUAAUAAAGGUAAGGUGGCUCAAGCUCAACAAGAACAUAAGCAAAAGUUAUUAAAAGAAGUCGCGACCAACUAUAAAAAGUUUGGUCAAAGUUUAGGCCAUUAUUUACAAGCCGAUAUUGUCGGUUGCUUAAAGGAUAAGAAAUAA